CUCUGAUCGGUUCUCGGAACCUCCACCUCUUGAGCUUGACCCGCCAAGGUAUCAUCUAGCUAUGUCACACAGAACAUCGUCUUUCGAGAUGCCCCGGAUCCCCGAGAUCCAAACUGGCUGUUGGUCUUCUCUCCUGCCUUUUAUAGGAAAACCGAGAAGAGGACCCGUCGUACCUGAUGCGAACCCUACGAAGGAGGUUCAUCGCGACAACGAAUCUCGUGAACUGCCCCCUUACCAACACUUGUACGGCUGGGACGGAUGGGAGAAUACUUCUGGAUCAACUCGAAGCUCAGCGGAGAAUCCACCGGCAUACACUGUCGACGAUGGUUUGCCAUCUCGAGUGGUUCAGGUUAUAGAGGACCGUCUUAAAGAACUUUCGCCAAACCUUCGUCAGCUCAGCCUCGACAUCUGGAAUCACCCGGAGACGGCGUUCAAGGAGAAGUAUGCACAUGACAGAUUGACCGACUUCAUGGCUUCACACGGGUUCUCGGUCACCCCUCACUACCUUGGGCUCUCCACAGCUUGGCGCGCGGAAUUCACCCAUCGUUCCCCGAAGAAAAGCGGAAGAGCUCAAGACCCGCUCCGCGUGAUUGGCAUUAACUCAGAAAUGGACGCCCUUCCAAGCAUCGGACACGGUUGUGGGCACAACCUGAUUGCAAUGUCAGGUGCCGCUGUGGCCGUGGCGAUUAAGGCAGCGCUCGAGAAAUACGACGUUCCGGGCGUCGUUGUUCUGCUCGGAACGCCCGCUGAAGAGACGCGGGGCGGAAAGACCAUCCUCCUUGAGCGUGGCGCGUACGAGGGAAUGGACGCCUGCAUCAUGUGUCAUCCUUCGUCCGGUCCGGACAACUUCACUGCCCUGGGGCCCGGCGUAGCUCGCCAGUCGGUUGACGUCGAGUUCUUCGGCCAUGGUGCUCAUGCCGCAGCGGCUCCAUGGGAGGCCCAGAACGCGCUCGACGCGGCUUUCGUUGCGUAUGCGAGUAUCUCCGCUCUACGACAGCAGAUCAAACCAGACCAUCGAGUACAUGGUAUCAUUCUCGGGCGAGACUGGACUCCUAACGUGAUUCCAGACUAUGCUAAAAUGCGUUACUACGUCCGCGCUCCAACAUGGGUAGAACUGGAAGCACUUCGAGGACGAGUCACCGCAUGCUUCCAGGCUGCAGCGUUGGCGACCGGAUGUACAGUCGAGGUCAAGGCAGGCGCAGGGUACUUCGAAGUACGAAACAAUAACGUCCUAGGCCAAGAAUUCUUUCGAGUCGUCGAGAGCCAGUACGCUAUGCGGACGAAUUUUGGCGAAGGUGCUGCAUACUCGACAGAUUUCGGAAACAUCACAUAUGCUCUGCCCGCUCUGCAUCCUAUAUAUUCCAUCCCCACGGAGGCGAACGGUUCCAACCACACAUCCCAAUUCGCGAAGUCCGCAGCGACACCGGAAGCACAUGAAGCAACUCUUAAAGUGGCCUUAGGUCUUGCAACUACUGGCUUCAAAAUUCUACACGACGCAGAGUUCACAAGCCAAGUGAGGGAAGCUUUCGAAAGUUCGAAAGCGAGGAGUAGCAUGUCGAUAACAGGUGUGUAGGCAUAGGUAGUUUUAUU